AGUUGUACAGUAAAAUAAAUGGCUUUCUUGCUGAUUUCGCUCUAGAUCGCUUGCAUGUUUAUGCAACUUUGAUUAUAUUGUAACUUGAACCUGAGCAGAUGAAUCUUAACAAGAUCAGUGUCCUGACCAAACAUGUGUUUCUAUGCAAACAUGUCUUGGGUAGGUGGUACACAAACUUUGCUAAAUGUAAACCAAUCAUAUUUUGUCAAUGUUCUUCAAAAUUAGUUGCUUCCAUCUUACCAUGCACAAGACAACGUUUAAAGACUGGGGUCGCAGUUCCAGUUCUGCCAACAAGGACUUUGUCAUUGACAGCUUGCAUGUUCAAGAGCAAAAAUUACAGCACAGAAAACAAUCCAGAGGAAGAGGAAGAUGAAAUUGAUGAAGCUGAAAUAGAGGAGCUGUUCCAGCAGCAGAUCCCCACAGGUAUUGGUAAAGAAGACCAUAGGAUCUUCAUUGUUCAUCCUGAUGUGAAAUGGGGCAGAAGAAAGCAGUAUCUGACCACAGCGGCCCUUCAGAUGGAAGAGGCUGUUGGGCUGGUGAACACUUUACACAAGUGGAGCGUUGUUGACAAGAUCAUCCUUUCCACCAAGACACCAGAAAAUAAAAGAAUUUUCGGCAAAGGAAACUUCCAGACUCUGACAGAAAAGAUCAGAGCUACUCCUGAGGUCACAGCUGUCUUUGUGAACGUGGAGCGUCUUUUACCUUCCUCGGAAAAAGAAUUACAGGAAGCCUGGGGAGUAAAAGUUCUUGAUAGAUACUCACUUGUUCUGCAUAUUUUCCGAUGUAACGCUAGUACAAAAGAGGCCAAACUGCAGAUCUCUUUAGCAGAGAUUCCCUUGUUCAGAUCAUGCCUGAGAAAUGAAAUGGCAAACUUAGACCAGCAAGGUGGCGGCUCAAGGUACAUUAUGGGCUCAGGUGAAACCUUGUAUGAAAUGCAACAGAGGUUGUUGAAGGAGCGGGAGCUGAAGAUCCGAUCGGCCCUGGAGCGACUUAGGAAGAAGAGGCACCUGCUGCGCUCCCAGCGCAAACACAAAGACUUUCCUACCAUCUCUGUCAUGGGCUACACCAACUGUGGUAAAACAACUCUGAUUAAAGCACUGACUGGAGAUGCUGGUCUUCAGCCUAAAGACCAGCUCUUUGCCACCCUGGAUGUUACAGUACAUGCCGGACAGCUGCCAAGUCACAUGACUGUACUGUUUGUAGACACCAUUGGCUUUUUGUCCCAGCUCCCUCACCAGCUUAUUGACUCUUUCUCUGCCACACUGGAGGAUGUGACACAUUCUGACCUCAUAAUUCAUGUGAGAGACAUCAGUCAUCCAGAAACUGUGAAUCAAAAGGUUAAUGUUCUGAAUGUCCUAAAGAAUCUUCAGAUUCCAGAAAGACUACUCAACUCCAUAAUAGAGGUGCACAAUAAGAUCGACCUCAUUGAAGGAUACGAGGCCAGUGAUCCUGAGGUUACCCCCAUAUCAGCUCUUAAACAGCAUGGACUGGAGGUGUUAAAAGAAAAGAUUGAAGAAGCUGUUGUUAAGUAUACCGGAAAACAAACAAUGACCCUCAAGGUGCAGCUCAACACCCCUCAAUUAGCUUGGCUGUAUAAGGAGGCGACGGUUCAGGCGGUAGAUGAUGUUGGAGAUGACUGCACUGCCAAUGUCAAAGUCAUCAUUAGCCAAGCUGCUUAUGGCCGAUACAGGAAGCGGUUUCAGGUCACCUAGUUACAGCUGGCCCCUGUUUCACAGCCAGAACGACAUCGUCCAAAAUAAUUCACACAAUAAUGAUGUGUAAAUAUUUAUUUGCUCUAUAAACAGUGUAUUUAAAAUAUCUCAAAAACCUAUAUUUUACGACAAUAAAAUCCGACAUUAGGAAGCAAAGUUGCUUUGUGUUAAAAUAAACAAUAUUGUUAUAAAAUACAUGUAUUUUGUCUAUCA